AUGCCCCGUACAAAACAAACACCUCGACCAAAAGUUGAGUUCGAGCACGAUGAGCUUACGACUCCUUUCACAAAAGCCCGCCAAACAAGCAUACGAAUCCCCGAUCUCCGUCGUGACCACCUUUUUAAUGCUCUGUUCAUACUUGAUGAGGUGCCUGCAACUGUGCUUGAGAAGAACCGUAAGCUCACUGGCGGCUACUUUCUCUGGCUGGCGGAGAAUAAUCUCGAAGCACUGCCUCAACAUGAUGCAGACGGCUCGGCCAAACCACGCAUCUCAACUGAUCGGGUUUCUUCCUUCAUCGGCAAGACAGUUGAGGAUGCCUUCAGAUUCAUUGCUACUGUUCCUCUUGAAAACCUUGUAGACAGGCAGUUUAUUGCGGUCUUGGACCAUCGGCUGUACAAGGAAAAAGACUGGCUUGUGAUUUACAGAAUCGAUGCAGAAGGAGAGAUCACUUCAAUUCCUUGCAAGGCUGAGUUCAUUUGCAUGCAACUGCACGGCUACCAAAAUCACAACUGGCCGACAUUCAUGGACGACUGGUUGCGAAAAGGGAAGCCAGUUUUUCACCCAGAUCAGGCCGGGGCAGAAGAGGCUUUAAGCAGCAGUCCGCUUUUGACAAAGCUCUUCCUCAAGCCUGGCAAUGAUUGA